GCAAUCCAGGCAUGAUUUCUCCCAAAGGGUUGCUGUCAGUUGAGAACGGUUAACACCCCGAGUCAUAUAGUUCCGAUAAGCCAAAUUGUAAAACACACACGUACCACCGUUUAGGCCACUUUUGUGUUUUUGUUUUUGCUGUUCUUCCUUCUUGUUCCUCCGCUUCUGGACCGAAUCCACGAUUGAGCCGGCAAGUACUGAACCUGGGGUCGUGUGUAAACGCGUAUAUGUCAGCAAACAAUCGUACUGAAGAACUUUGUUGAAAAGUCUAGAAAACUGGCUGCUUAGUGGCCGGUUAGCAGCCGCUUAAACAUUAAGCGGCCCCAUUGCACACCUUUUGUGAAUAGGGUACAUCUCACCGCCUUCCGCCGAGGGGAGCACCGGAUCCUCCUGCUGUGUGUCUUGCCAUCGCCGCCAACAACGAGCUGGAAAAGGCAGCAAUGUCCGUCAACACCCGCGGUUCCCUUUCCAGAUAGGCACUGCCUGGGGGGACUCCAUCAGCCCUGUGGACAGCGUUCCAUUGCCAUUCCACGAGCCGGACAGCGUAUCCCUCUUUACCUAUCCCAUACUGUGAAUCACGCUUCUGGUCGGACCUGGAUUGCCGUGCGGCGGUAGCAAUCUUCGCGCAUGAGGAUGUCGAUCGGUGGUGGUCUGAGAGCGGUGCGGCGAUUCCUGCACUGGGGACCGUUGACCGCAAUAGGAAUCAUUAAAUCGAUUACCCUAAUGACGCUGUACAUGAAUGCGAUGUGGUGGCCGGCGGACCGUUCUUUUCUCGGCUUCCUACAUCAGACCCUAUUCAUCGUGCUAUCCGCUAGCACAGGCUUCAACUUCGUGAUGGCCUCACUGACCGGGCCAGGCUUUCUGCCGCUCCGGUGGCAGCCGGAGCGCUCGAUCGACCAGCAGUACCAGCAGUACUGUGGGGUAUGCGAAGGCUGGAAGGCACCGCGGUCACACCAUUGCCGCAAAUGCGAUCGGUGCGUCAUCAAGAUGGAUCACCACUGCCCGUGGAUCAACAACUGUGUCGGUUGGGCCAACCACGGUUACUUUACCGCCUUUCUAGCGUGUGCCGUACUCGGAUGCUUGCAAGCUACCAUCGUCCUGUCAGCUUCGCUGUACGUCGGUCUGUACCGCGACUGGUACCUGUACUAUGGUCACUACUCAAAGGUGACGGUACAACUCGGCAUGUGGAGCCUGGUACUGUGCGUGUUCAACGUCGGCUUGGCGAUUGGCGUCAUCAUCACGGUCGGCGCACUGCUAGCGUAUCAGGUGCGGGCGAUCCUCAACAAUCGCACCGCCAUCGAGGAUUGGAUCCUGGAGAAGGCACGCUAUCGGCGCGAUCGCACCAACGAGGUGUUCUGCUAUCCGUACGAUCUGGGCCGGUGGCGUAAUGUGCGCCAGGUGUUCAGCACCUCAUGCACCCCGGCUGGCGAUGGCAUCGAGUGGCCCGUCGUCGAUGGAUGCGAUCAGUACACCCUAACGCGUGAACAGCUGGCACAGAAGGAAGAAAAGCGAGCGCGCACCAGAACGUACACCAUCAGACGUAUGGUAACGGGUAGCUGGGUGCCGCUUUUGUCACAAGGAUUCAAGGUGUGCUGUUCGCCACCGCUCACUGACGAGCCGCGCAUCAAGCUAUCCGUCGGAGACGUUGUACGUGUGACUCGAUGGAGAAAGCACUGGCUGUUUGGUGAGAAGGUAUCAACGGAGCGGGAGCCCGCGAGCACGGAGAAGCGUAAGCGACUGAGAGGAUGGUUUCCUCGGCAGUGUGCCGUUGAGCUGGCUGAGGAUGACUACGACAUGAGCGAAGAGCAGCAGCAACAGCACCACCAAUAUCUGGAAGAAGAAAAAUCGAAAACGAAGGACAGGUAAACGGCGUCCACACGACGACGAAUGUUGGAGAACUUGUCGACGAGAACUUCUAAAUUAAACGUCAUCCCAUACAAAUCCGGCGAGAAGUUAUCGCGAUAACUUUGUGUGGCAAUUUGUGCUCAAUUUGAACAAAAGUUAUCGCGAUAACUUUCUCGCCCUACUGUUUACAUACGAUUUGACAGCUCCAAAAGAAGUUCUCGCUGGUUCUCCCUUGCUCGCUUGCUAGACGUGCAUUGCAGUUAUCGCGAUAACUUCUCGCCGGAUUUGUAUGGGAUGACGUUUGUUUGCGAAGUUCUCGUCGAGAAAUUCUCCAACAUUCGUCAUCGUCUGGACGGAGUUUUAGAGUUGCAACUGCAAACAACAUCAGCCGUUUGAAUGCCGGCCAGUACACUUUACGUAGCCGUAUCGCGAGCUCUGGAUACACCGUUUUCGGGCCCAAGUAAACAAGCAAGCUAUGUUUCUAGUCAACCGCCAGCAGUAAGUAAACUUUUUCGCUCUAACUAAAUUAUUGGAUCAUCAAGUAGCCAGUUGCCAGUUGUUUCUAGCCAUCGUCCAGCAUUUCUAGCCGGCUUCCAACAGUAAGUAAACUCCUGACACAGAAAGUAAAAUUCUGCUGCUCAUCUAGCACGCCACCAAUUGUAAGUAAAUGCGUGCCACAUCCAACUUAACCAUGUAUGCACCGUGAAAUCGUUUCUUCGUAGGAAUAUGGGGGGUUAACUAUUUUUGAUUUUCAGAUUUAAUUAUUUCAUCAACUGUUUGUCAUGUUUUAGUUGGAGUGAACCAGUUUACUUACUGUUGGCGGUUGGCUAGAAACAUAGCUUGCUUGUUUACUUGGGCCCGAAAACGGUGUAAUGACGAGUUACGAGUAUUAGGAAGAUAGAAAUCAAAUUAAUUUUGUGUGUAAUUUCGAAUGACGAAAGCCGCGAAGGUGAGGUAACAGGAACCAAGCAGGUGGGUUAGUGGGUGAGAGUCCCACAUUGUUCCUGAUGUCUUUGUCCAGGUUCGCACAUAAUGUAUUUUAUUAUGCUUGUAAAAUUAAAAAAAGGAAUCAAAUUAAGAUAAAUGCAGUCAAAUGAACACAAGUUCCUAGCUCGAUUUUAAUCGCUUAUUUACUUGUACUUUCUUAUUUGCUGUAUUAGUAGCGAGAAUAUCAAAAACGAAGCAAAAUAUCGUAUCAACGGCUAAUAAUGCAGUAUGUAUUUCAAAUGAGGUCUCCCAUCCUCCUCCCCCCUCCCC